AUGGCCGACGAAGCACAAGCACCACCAGCUGAGGCUGCACCACCAGCAGAGGGUGAGGCUGCACCACCAGCCGAUGGCGAGGCAGCACCAGCAGCCGAUGGCGAGGCCGCACCACCCGCCGAGCCCGCCGAGCCGAUCAAGCACAGCUACACCCUCUUCUAUUUCAACGUGAAGGCCCUCGCCGAGCCGUUGCGCUAUCUGUUCGCCUAUGGCGGCAUCGAGUACGAGGAUGUGCGCGUCACCCGCGACGAAUGGCCAGCCCUAAAGCCGACCAUGCCCAUGGGCCAGAUGCCGGUGCUGGAGGUGGACGGCAAGCGUGUGCAUCAGAGCAUCUCGAUGGCUCGUUUCCUGGCGAAGACAGUCGGCUUGUGCGGCGCCACGCCCUGGGAGGAUCUGCAGAUCGACAUUGUGGUUGAUACCAUCAAUGACUUCCGUCUAAAAAUUGCAGUCGUCUCGUACGAGCCCGAGGAUGAGAUCAAGGAGAAGAAGCUGGUCACCCUCAAUGCCGAGGUCAUUCCAUUCUAUCUGGAGAAACUGGAGCAGACCGUCAAGGACAACGACGGCCAUCUGGCUUUGAGCAAGCUCACCUGGGCCGAUGUUUACUUUGCCGGCAUCACCGACUACAUGAACUACAUGGUCAAGCGUGAUCUGCUGGAGCCAUAUCCUGCUCUGCGCGGCGUCGUCGAGGCCAUCAAUGCCCUGGAGCCCAUCAAGGCUUGGAUCGAGAAGCGUCCCGUUACCGAGGUCUAAAGUGAAGAGCUAACAACAAAUGAAAAAAAAAAAAACAGCAGCAAGCCGGCAGAA